UUUUAAAUACGUUUAUAUAAACAUCAGUAACAGUAGAUAAUAUAUACAUAUAUAUAUAUAUAUAUAAUACUGAUAUGAUCCAAAAAUAUUCCACGUGUUUAUAAAUGUAUAAAAUACCAUCGAAACAGUAUUUUAUUUAGAAUAUAUGAUAAUAAAAGUAGAUAAAAGAGUAUUUCAGAAAUUACACAAACUUCUCAGUUUAAGUAACUAUCAAAAUGUCUGAAAAUUCGGAGGAAAUAGUAAUGGAUGCUGAAAAUAAAAUUAAUAACGCAUUUUCCACUGAUUUAUUAGAUGUUUUUAUUGACGAGUUAGAAAUAAAUGAAAAAGUAAGACAAAUAAAACAUGAAGCAAAUUGUAUAAAUGGAACUGAUAAAAUUGUUACAUUACUUAGAGCAGUUACUUUUGUUGAUUUAACUUCCUUGGGAGGUAAUGAUACAGCUGUUACAAUUGAAAAAUUAUGCAAAAAAGCUUUAAAUCCUAUUGAUGACUUAAAGUUUAAUUGGGAUGAACCAUUGCAUACAGCAGCUGUAUGUGUUUAUCCAUUAAGAAUACAAGAUGCUAUAAAAGUGUUACAGAAUAGCGACGUAAAGCAUAACAUUUCUGUAGCUUCUGUAGCUGCAGGGUUUCCCUCUGGUCAAUAUCCUUUGCAAACACGUCUUGGGGAAAUAUAUUAUGCAGCAAAAAUUGGAGCUAAAGAAAUUGAUAUUGUAAUUAAUCGGCCAUUGGCAUUAGAACAUAAAUGGAAAGAUCUAUAUAACGAAUUAAGAACAAUGCGCAAAGCAUGUAAUACCACAUGUAUGAAAACGAUACUUGCUACAGGAGAACUAUUUAAUUAUUAUAAUAUAUAUAAAGCUUCAAUGGUAGCUAUGAUGGCUGGUAGUGAUUUUAUUAAAACAUCCACUGGAAAAGAAACUGUAAAUGCCACUUUAUCUGCCGGAAUAGUUAUGUGUAAAGCUAUAAAAGAUUACUAUGCACAGACAGGGAAAAAAGUCGGGUUUAAGCCAGCUGGAGGUAUUAAGACUGCGUCGGAUAUCUUAGAAUGGAUGACAUUAAUUAAUAAAGAAUUGGAUGAUUCAUGGUUAAAUAAAAAAUUAUUUAGAAUUGGUGCAUCCAGUGUACUGGAUAGUAUUGCUAAUGAAAUUAAUUGUACAAUUAGCUGUGAUGGCAAAUAAUAAUAAUAGAAGUAGAUAUCGAUGAAAAAAAUCGAUAGAUGAAAAUCGAAUACCGCUUACCGCCAUUUUAACUGCAGUAGCGUCGCCUGCAAUUUCUUUAUACAAUCAGAG